AUGCGUUCCAUGCGCCGUGAUACUGAUGAGGAGGUCCCCAUGGUGAGCUCCAGCGACAGCGAUACCCAAAAUGCUCAGGGCAAACCUUGGACACUCAUCGUGGGGGCGACGCUUCUUCUCUCAGCUCUCCUUGGAACGAUCUACGUGAUGAUGCCUCUGAAGAACGGCUCGUCCUCGAUUGAGCUUCCAGGCCCUUCCGAAAAGUGGUCCUUGAUCCCAGAAUCAGUGCAGGAGAGCCUGGACGCGGCCUAUGAAACCGUGCACAAGGGAGUUUCCGAUCAAGUCUGGAAGACACAGCACCCAGAGAUGAUGGAGAAGUUCAAGAAGUACGACGUGGACAACGAUGGUAAGAUCUCGAAGAAGGAGUUGGUCACCUGGGUCUUCGGCCCCAACGGAGCGGAUGAGAAGGAGGUGAAGACAAGCGUGGCGUGCUUCGUGGAGAAGUAUGGCCCGAAGGGUGGGGAAUUGUCGCCGCAAGAGAUGUACUACGUCUUCGGACCCAUCAUCAAGUCAACUGGUGGCUACCUGGACAAGGUGAUGACGGAGGGAAGUGGUGACGAAGGGAAGUGGUGGCAAAGCGAAGUGGUGACGAAGGGAAGUGGAGACCUGGGAAGUGGAUCACAAAAGGGUGGACCUCUGGUACGAGCGCAUCGAAGAAUCGUGGUCGCCGGUGGUUUCUGGUUGCUGAGUCAGGUUGAUCAGAAGUUCUGCAUUGCCAUCACCACCGGAAGCAUGGGCUCAAGUGGCGACCCAGAAACUGCCAUGUGGCGCCUCGCCCGCGUUGGUCGUCUCCGGCAUCAGAGUGUGCGACGCUUUGCGGCGGCGCCCAGCGUGCAAGAGGUGAUUGAAGCCGCCAAGGAGGAAUCGCUAGUAGAUGAGAAGCCUGCCGUUUCCUCGGCGCGGGGUGUGCUAUGGGUGGCCAAUGUGUAUCCAACGAAAGCCUUUCGCUUCGAUGUCCGACACAUGCUGACGCACCACAACCAUGAGACACUGAUCCCGCAGCUGCUACCGGACGGGGUGGAGAUCACCAAGAUGGUGCCGCGGGAAAAAGAGGGCGGUGUUUUCGUCUACUUCCGCGCACCACCGACCUUCGUGCUGCAGGCGCUUCGGCGCUUGGCGGAAAGCAAUCCUCAGGUCGGUAAGAUGCGCUUCGUGCCCACAGAUGAUAUUCUGCUGAAGGUCUCCGAGGGCAUCUGUCAAUACUUCAGGACCCACGACAUCAGGGCCUUUCUGUGCCCUCAUCCGGUGCGCGCGCACCGAGUGAAGGGUACACCCUACCUCGAGGACCUGAACAGCCGCUAUCCUUCCUCGCAGCUGCACAUCCGCCUGGAACCCAGCGAAAAGAUCAAGGAGGAGAAGCUGUAUGAGAUCUUGAGAAGAUAUGGUCAACUGGAAGAUCUCCAGGUAACCGACAGCGGCCCCGUGGUGGCAUCCUUCCGCUACACCGCCGCAGCUGUGGCGGCCAGGAAUUGCCUCCAUGGAGCGCUGCUGGAGGCAGGAAAUCCGGAGGGCCCUCGCUUCCACAUGGAAUACAAACAAUUCAUGCAGAAAUGGAUCUGGGAGACGAUCACGUCCAAUGCCCGACUGAUCUUUCCCAUCUUUGUGGUGUUGAUGUUUGGUACCACGUAUUUCAUCUGGGAUCCCAUGCGCAGCAGCUUUGUUCAUUUGAAGAUUGCCAGCAUCUUUUCAUCCCCGCCAGUUUCUGCCAGCGAAGACAAAGGCGGCAAAGGACUGCGCGGCUGGCUGCUGCACAGCAUGAGCAAAGCCAGGGAAUCUCUGCGACAGAAAGCCGGUUCAGAUCUCUUCGAUGACUUCUGGGCGGAACAUCAAAACGAAACCGCCAAAUUGAAGGACUGGCUGGAUCAGCCGCCGGAACGGGUGCUGCUACUCACGGGCCAUCGUGGCAAUGGCUUGAACGAGAUGAUGACGAAAUUGAUUGGGCGGCGAGCCUUGGAGAUCAAUGUGCGAGAUAUGUUGGAGGCGGGCGGCGCCGCGGACGACCACCUCUUCCUACGCGCCUUCAGCCGAGCAGUGGGAUAUUGGCCUGCGCAAGGUAUGGAUCGUCAACUCUCCGCAGUGCUGGAUUUGAUGCUGCCGGGCUCAGGCAAGCAGUUGAGUCGCGAGAACGAACUGCUGGUUGCAGUGCAGAGGGUGCUCUUUGCCAGCACACAGGCGCUUCGCGCCUGGCGGCUGCAAAGCUCCGAAGCCUUGAACUUCGAUGCCACGCCGUUGAUCAUGAUCACUGGCUUCACCUCGGAGAAUAAGGAUCGACGCCCGGGAUUUUUUGAAGCUUUGGUCAGCUGGGCUGCUUACGUGGCAGAAGCUAAGUUGGCACGCGUGGUCUUUGUGGCGGAUUCCUCCUUCGGCGAAGCAUCCAUCCUGGGGCACCUGAAAGAUCGUCCCGAACGGCUCUCUGUGUUCCAGGUGCAGGACGUCCCCGAAGCUUCGGUGCGCCGCAUCUUGCAGCAGCAGUGCGGGGAGAUCUCUGAGGAGCAACUGAGAGCCAUCGGUGGCCGCUACAUGGACAUUUCUGCCAUGUUGGGCCACAUGCGGCAUGGCGUGGCGGCCAGCGAGGCCGUCCGCUGGCUGCUGGAAACUGCGGAGGUGACAGUAAGGCGGUUGUUGCUCACCGGACAGCCCAACGCUCGGUGGACGCGGCCGCAGCUGUGGCGUGCCAUCUGCCUGCUCGAGUCGUCAGGACAGAAAGUCCCCUACGACGUGGUGCUGUGGAACGUCUUCCGUGGAGAUGAGUCGGCGUUGAGAUCGAUGAAGGAAUCCAACCUCAUUGCAGUGAACCCACGGAAGAGUGACACCUCCUGGGCCCUGCGCUACGACGUCGAGGCGGGCUCGCCGCUCUACGCGGAGGUCUUCCGGCGCCUGGUGCAGAACGAGGGGCUCAAGGCGGUGUUGGAUCUGGAGGUGGCCAAAGAGGACGUUGCCAGGGAGCAGAAGACCAUCGAUGCCUAUGAGGCCGAGCUGGUGCGUCUGGAGGAAAUCUUAGACGCGCGACGGGACUGGUGGUUCAGUUCCAGGAGUCUGGAUGGCCAACUGGAACGGCGCGUGGCUCAACUGGUGGACCUUAUCAUGGAGCAACACAAGAAGUUGGAGAAAUAUCACAAAGCCCGGAGAAAAGCCAUGGAAACCUUGACCAAACACAGCGACGCCUUCCAAGAGGACGUGCGCCGGGUGAAGCAGAGCGUCCUGGCUUGAUGUGGCAUCAUUGGAGUGGAAAAUCAUGGUUUUUUUCGCUGGGAAAAGCAUCAAUGGCUGGAAUUUCAGGUACCCGCUGUUUCACAGUUUGCGAACUAGAAGAUGGCCCAUUUAAUUCGAUGAACCAUUUUUCAACAUGGUGAUUUUCCAUGUCUAUGUUCAACUACCAAAGGGUCAGAAGUGGAUUUAAU